UGAAGAUAUUUUAGAACGUGUAUCUACGGCUGUCUAUUGCAGGCGCGUACUGCUACCGAAUAUUGCGAAGCAAGUGGUAACUGACAUUUGUCAAAAGAGUCAAGUGUUUUCUCGGAUCUGACAAUCUCGACCAACCAACAAGAAAAGAACGUGGAAAAUGCGAUCCUGGGAAAACUUAGCAUGCGGAAUUUUCCUCGUUGUGGUGACGAUCGUGAAUGGUAUGCCCGAUUAUACGGGCCUGCCGACUGGCCCUUACUGCGCGAGAAGAUAUCCAGGAUGUUGCCCGGAUCGCCAGGACGAUUGCAACGCUCCGAUUCUCGGCAGUGUUUGUUACUGCGAUGAGUUUUGCGAUCGAUUCAGAGAGGAGGACUGUUGCCCGGAUUAUUGGAGCCAUUGCAAAGGCAUCGAAAUCAACGUCACGGAACCACCGCCUGAACCGAUAAAACGAUGCUACCACCAGGGGAAAUAUUACAACGACGGCCAAGUAUUCAAGAUAAAUUGCAACACGUGCAAAUGCACCGCCGUGUCCAGACUCGCCGAGGUUCUUUGCGAGCAGAAUCGAUGCCUGCAAGAGCAAAGCCUAAUAGAUGAAGUCAACUCGAUGUCGUCUUUCGAUUGGAGGGCGCGGAAUUACUCGGAAUUUUGGGGUAAGAAGUUAUCGGAAGGCGUGCAACUCCGCUUGGGCACCCUGAACCCGUCCAAUUCGGUUUACAGAAUGAAUUCGGUGCGGCGGAUAUACGAUCCGGAAUCCCUGCCUCGAGAAUUCGACGCCAGGACACGUUGGAGGCGGCAGAUUUCGGGCGUCGACGAUCAAGGCUGGUGCGGCGCAUCUUGGGCGAUUUCUACAGCACAAGUCGCCUCGGACAGAUUUGCCGUGAUGAGCAAGGGUAGCGACAGCGUCCUCCUCAGCGCUCAACAUUUGCUCUCGUGCAACAAGAAAGGGCAACGAGGCUGCAACGGCGGCUACUUGGACAGAGCUUGGCUGUUCAUGCGAAAAUUCGGCCUAGUCGAUGAAAAGUGUUAUCCAUGGAAAGGUAUGCACGACCAGUGCAAAUUACAAAAGAGAACGAACUUGGAAGUUGCGGGAUGUGAUCCUCCGGCAAAUCCUCUUCGAAAAGAAUUGUAUAAGGUCGGGCCGGCUUAUCGAUUGGGCAACGAGACAGAUAUCAUGAUAGAAAUUUUAACAUCGGGCCCCGUGCAAGCCACCAUGAAAGUUUACCAAGACUUUUUCUCUUACGAAUCGGGAAUAUACAAGCACACGCCGAUUGCCGAGCUUUAUGAAUCUGGUUAUCAUUCGGUUAGGAUUAUUGGAUGGGGAGAGGAUAUAUCUAGGGAUAAUGGCUUGCCGAUCAAAUAUUGGCUGGUCGUUAAUUCUUGGGGCCAUCAAUGGGGCGAGAAUGGCUUGUUCCGAAUCCGAAGAGGUAUAAACGAAUGUGAUAUCGAGUCAUUCGUUGUAGCGGUAUGGGCAAAAACUGUCUAAGGAAAAGUACAAGAAUUAGGAUUAUUUGAAUAAUUUGUUCUUCCAUGUUUCUUACUUCCGAGAAGAAUCAUUAUCGAUACUUUACGAAUGUUGCAUUUAUCUGUCGAAUCAUUAUCGAAUCUCGUCCAUUGCGUUGCGUUUCAUUGCUUUUUCAUUAUGUUUUAUUGUAUCUCAUUUAUAUUAAUGUACUAAAUCGAUCGAUUCGCUCAUCGUUAUCCCUCCAUAAUCACACGUCUAUCAUUCAUAAAAAAUUCCAAUCAAUAUAUUUUAUUAUACAUAUCAAUCAAUGUUUGUACAGAGUCAAAGAAGCAAAUGGAACGAUUACCAAAUAUUUUCUUAUCAUAUAUAUGUACAUACAUAUAUAUACAUGUACAUAUAUACGAAUAUAUGUAUUAAUUCAUCUAUUAUUAGGGAAUAAAAUGCCAGACGCUAUAUGAA